UUUGUCGGAGUCAGUACUUCCGCGGGGCGGAAAAGGCAUGUGUGCUUGUGUCCGGACUAUUUCCAGUCCUCUUUCCUUGCAAGACCCCAUGAGUAAGCUGUGGCGGCGCGGGAGCACCUCUGGGGCAAUGGAGGCCCCUGAGCCGGGGGAAGCGCUGGAGUUGAGUCUGGCUGGUGCCCACGGCCACGGAGUGCACAAGAAAAAGCACAAAAAGCACAAGAAAAAACACAAGAAGAAACACCAUCAGGAAGAGGAAGCUGGGCCCACACAGUCGGCAUCUGCCAAGCCCCAGCUAAAACUCAAAAUCAAGCUGGGCGGGCAGGUCCUGGGCACCAAGAGUGUUCCUACCUUCACUGUGAUCCCUGAAGGGCCUCGCUCACCCUCUCCCCUGAUGGUUGUGGAUAAUGAAGAGGAACCAAUGGAAGGAGUACCCCUGGAGCAAUACCGAGCCUGGCUGGAUGAAGACAGUAAUCUGUCCCCGUCCCCACUUCGGGACCUGUCAGGGAGUCUAGGGGGUCAGGAGGAAGAGGAGGAACAGAGGUGGCUGGAUGCCCUGGAAAAGGGGGAGCUGGAUGACAAUGGAGAUCUCAAGAAGGAGAUCAAUGAACGGCUGCUCACUGCUCGACAGCGAGCUCUGCUCCAGAAGGCUCGGAGUCAGCCUUCCCCAAUGCUUCCGCUGCCCGUGGCUGGGAGUUGCCCGGCCCCUGCCCUCACCGAGGAGAUGCUGCUGAAGCGCGAGGAGCGGGCGCGGAAGCGGAGGCUGCAGGCGGCGCGGCGGGCGGAGGAGCACAAGAACCAGACUAUCGAGCGCCUCACCAAGACUGCAGCGCCCAGCGGGCGGGGAGGCCGGGGCGCUGCGCGGGGCGAGCGGCGGGGAGGGAGGGCCACGACCCCGGCCCCCAUGGUGCGCUACAGCAGUGGGGCCCAGGGAUCCACCCUUUCCUUCCCACCUGGCGUUCCUACCCCGGUGGCGGUGUCUCAGCGGCCAGCCCCAUCAAGCCCUCCUCGGCGCUGCUCGGUCCCCGGCUGCCCCCACCCGCGCCGCUACGCCUGCUCCCGCACUGGCCAAGCACUCUGCAGCCUUCAGUGCUACCGCAUCAACCUGCAGAUGCGGCUGGGGGGACCCGAGGGCCCUGGAUCCCCACUUUUAGCUACUUAAAGCCGUUACCAAACCUAGACUCUGCACCCUCUCCCCCGCCCAGUUUUCACUGUUUUCCCCAUCCUAUUAAAUUUCAUCCGGUGC